AGCGAUAUAGUUUUAAUUUUAUUUAAUGAACUACGUCAGUGACAAAAUGGCGCUCAAGACUGGAGCAUGUGUUUUGCGGCUUAACGCACUUCGUAACGCAAUCAGGCUUUUAUCUACGCAUACACGACCCGAAGUUGCCCAAAACAACACAAAAUAUGCAGAGUUCCCGGGCGCUAAGGCUCCCUACGUGACGGAAAUGAAAUUCCUGAACGAAUCGAGCUACGAUCCCAUUCCUAUUUAUCGAGUGAUGGACAACAAUGGCAACGUGCUCGAUAUUAGGGAGGAGCCGCGUAUCGAUACCGAGGAACUGAAGAAAAUGUACAAAACGAUGGUACAGAUCAAUCAAUUGGAUAAGAUUUUGUACGAGUCGCAAAGACAAGGACGAAUAUCGUUCUACAUGACGAACUACGGCGAGGAGGGUAUCCACGUGGGCACUACCGCAGCCCUGAGCCCCCGCGACCUAAUCUUCUGCCAGUACCGAGAGGUCGGCGUGUUCCUGCACCGAGGAGUCACGAUCACCGAGCUCAUCAACCAGUGCUACGGCAACCAUGAGGACCCCGGCAAGGGCAGGCAGAUGCCGGUGCAUUAUGGAGACAAGCAUCGCAACCUUGCUACUAUAUCCAGUCCUUUAGCAACCCAGAUGCCCCAGGCAGUGGGUGCGGCCUAUGCCUUCAAGCGGCAGCCGAACAACGACCGCUGCGUGGUUUGCUUCUUCGGAGACGGCGCUGCGUCAGAGGGAGACGCCUUCUCCGCAUUCAACUUUGCGGCCACGCUGGAUUGUCCCGUCGUGUUACUUUGUAGAAACAACGGCUACGCGAUCUCGACACCCACCAGCGAGCAGUACCGCGGGGACGGUAUCGCGGCCCGCGGGCCCGCGCUGGGCAUCCGCACCGUGCGGGUGGACGGGACCGACACUCUGGCCGUCUACAACGCUGUGCAGCAGGCGAGGGACUACGCCAUAGCCAACAACAAGCCCGUGCUCAUUGAGGCCAUGUCUUACAGAGUUGGACAUCAUUCCACCUCGGAUGACAGUACAGCUUACAGAUCGGUAGAAGAAAUACAGAAAUGGACAAAAGAUGAGAGUCCCCUACAAAAAUUCAAACUCUAUUUGGAGGCCAAAGGUCUUUGGAACCCUGAAGAGGAGAAAGCCAUGGUUAAGGAAUCAAGGGACACCGUCGUCCGUACUAUGCAGGAAGCGGAGAAGAAAAAACUGCCGCACUGGAAGGAGAUGUUUGAAGAUGUCUACUAUGAUAUGCCUCCGAGGAUUCAGAAACAAAUGAAACAGAUGGAGGAACAUUUGAAGAAGUAUCCAGACAAAUACCCGAUCGACCGGUACCAGAGUGAAUAACUAAAUAAUUGAAUUAAUGUACAUAAGGAUUUUUGUUAUGAAUAAAUUAUAUUUCUUUUAUUUUA